AUGGCGCCUUCACAUCUCAAAAUUGACGGUAUUCUCGGUCUUAUCACAAUCCGGUUGAAAGAUGAUAACUUCUUGAAGUGGCGAUAUCAACUUGAGUCUGUUCUGGACGGCUACGAUCUCUUUGGCCAUUUUGAUGGCUCAAACAUUGCACCUCCAAAAUUCGCAAUUUUGGAUGAGGAAGGUGUCACCUCUGAACUCACUGCAGCCUACAAGGACUGGAUGCAGGUCGACAAAGCACUUCUUAGCGUGUUGAUCGCCAUGCUUUCUGAUGCUGCGCUCGAUUAUGUCAUCGGUUGCAAGACGGCGCAUGAUGCGUGGAUGAAUUUGACGGAUCGUUAUGCCACCGUCUCUCGUGCUCGUAUCAAUCAUCUCAAAACAGAGCUUCAGACUGCACAGAAAGGCUCUGACUCAAUUGAGAAGUUCUUGCUUCGCCUCAAACAUAUUCGCGAUCACCUUGCUAUCGCCGGUGUUUCGGUCUCCGAUGAUGAUAUGAUGAUUGCAGCCUUGAAUGGCCUUCCUUCUGAGUUUGAUAUGAUUCGGACAGUCCUGGUUGCUCGUGACACUUCGCUUUCCUUCAAAGACUUUCGCAAUCAAUUGCUGGCAGCUGAACAAGCCACAGAGGCACGCGUGCUGUCUUCUCAUGCACCUAUGGUUGGCAUGCUAAGUCAUUCCUCUUCUUCUGGUUCUUCCCAUGCCUUCUCUGGUUCUGGCCAUGGUGAUGGUCUCCUUCCAACACCUCUAAUGCCUCAUACUGCUUAUAUGAGUUCGCAGCCGUUUGGUCGUUCUUCUUCUCAUGCUUCUGGUGGCCGGGGCAAAUUCUCUGGUUCUAGACCUUUUGGUCGUGGUUUUCAAGGCAGGUUUCAUGGUCCUCCUAAGUCUGGUGGUGGAGUUGUUCCUGAGUGUCAGAUCUGCAGCAAGCGAGGUCACACUGCGGUCAAUUGCUAUUUUCGCAAUUCGAAUCCCUCUUCUCACGGGUCCUCUUCUACAAUUGAAUGUCAGAUUUGUGGCAAAAAGGGUCAUGGGGCUCUGGAUUGUUACCAUCGCUCCAACUAUGUUUAUCAAGGUUCUCCACCUCCUGCCUCCAUUACUGCGAUGACGGCUCAGCCUUCUUUCUUUCCUGAUGCAGUCUGGAUUGCAGAUAGUGGGGCAAGUCAUCACAUGGUGCCUCAUAUGACAACACUGGAUUCUGCUUCACCUUGA